CACCGAGACAUGUCAUUGCCCAACAGGGGUUCCCUUGUAGCACUCUUCACCGCCUACGCGCGCUAGCUGGCAGGAACGCAUGAUCGUCGCGUUCCUACUUCAUUGUCCAGCACUCGACAAACACAAUGAAAUCUCCGCCGAAACGGUCGCGUGAAGAGACAGAAGACGAGUAUGAUGAUGCGCCUCCGCAAAAACGCUCGCAUUCCCGCUCUCCCCGCAACGGCUCGCCGGCAUACAGAUUAGCAGAACGGCCUGCGCGCAGAUACAGCAGAGAGCACUCUGUGGACGAUAGCGCAGACGAAAGACGAUACUACGGCCGCCGAAUACCCUCAAUAUCACCCUCACCCUCAAACUCGCGCUCGCGCUCUCAGAGCAACACGCCCCCGCCUCGCAAACCGACGGCGCUCAACUACACACCCCACCUCAUCCUGCGCGGCCACAAGCGCGCCGUAUCCUGCCUCAAGUUUUCACCGAACGGCCUGUGGAUAGCCAGCGGCUCUGCGGAUGCUACAAUCAAGAUCUGGAGCUCGUCUAGCGGAGCGCUCGAGCACACGCUAGAAGGCCAUCUUGCCGGCAUCAACACCCUGACCUGGUCGCCAGACAGUACGACACUCGCGUCUGGCUCAGAUGACAAGAGUAUUCGUCUUUGGGAUGCACAGACGGGGCUCGCACACCCCACGCCGCUGAUUGGACAUCACAACUAUGUCUAUUCGCUCGCAUUCAGUCCCAAAGGUAACAUGCUCGUCAGUGGGAGCUACGACGAAGCAGUCUUCUUAUGGGAUGUGCGUGCUGCACGCGUCAUGCGGUCCUUACCAGCACAUUCAGAUCCUGUAUCUGCGGUCGACUUCGUGAUCGACGGCACUCUCAUCGUCUCCUGUUCACACGAUGGUCUGAUUCGAGUGUGGGACACCAGUACAGGACAGUGUUUGCGCACAUUGGUCCACGAAGACAAUGCGCCAGUCACGUCCGUUCGCUUCUCGCCGAACGGAAAGUACAUACUGGCACACACCUUGGACUCUUCUAUACGACUGUGGGACUAUGCGAACGGCAAAGGCAAGUGCGUCAAGACGUAUCAAGGACACACAAACGCGAAGUACUCGCUCUCUGGCGCAUUUGGGACAUAUGGGGACCGAGCAGACCCCAAAGAGACCUAUGCCUUCGUAGCCUCUGGGAGUGAAGAGGGAGGGAUCGUGCUGUGGGACGUCUCCAGCAAGAACGUGCUACAAAGGCUCUCUGGGCACGAUGAUGCAGUGCUGGCUGUGGACACACACCCUAAGGAAGAGUUGAUUGCGAGCGCGGGGCUGGACCGGAGCAUACGCAUCUGGAAAGCUGCACCUUUGCCUGAGGUCAGGGUGAAGCAGGAGAGGAGCAACGGGUACGAUCCAGACACCCUCCCACCAAACCCUUUUGCAACGGAGAGCCCGGCGUUUGGGACUCCAGCGGUAGGCACACCGGUGAACAGCAGCCCCAUGAGGCACGAGUAGUGUAAGAUCGUUCGAAGAUACCCCCAGUCCACCUGUCAAUGCAACGCAACUGUUGAGAUGAUACGUUCCCCUGUCUUAUCACCACCAACUCUCUUGUACAUGAUCUUCAUCC